AUGCACCAUGGUCGUGUCAUGCCCGGAGGAGCGCAUGGCCUAUGUGGGCGUAGGCACGUACCAUGCGGUGCUCCUCAUGACUGGCACCUCAGUGAUGCAGCCACCACCAUCAUAACAACGUGCAUGUUUGCCGGCAUGGCCCUUGGUGCGUUUGUUUGGGGCUUCAUAGCCGACAUACACGGUCGCUUGUACGUGUUUCAUCGAAGCCUUCUUGUUGCUGGUAUUGCUGGCCUCUUUGUUGGACUUACUCCGACUUUUGGUCUCUCGUGUCUGCUCGUUGCGGUUGUGGGCAUGGGCGUGGGGGGAAGUAUGCCCAUUGAUGGUGCUCUGCUCAUAGAGACACUCCCUCUUCACAAACGCCACUGGCUUACCGCUCUUUCUGUCUUUUUUGCACUCGGAUCCGUACUUUGUGCAUUAAUGGCAUAUGCUAUACUUCCGGGUCGUAGUUGCAUGCGUGAGGACGCUUGCACGAACCCGAAUCAUGGGUGGCGCAUUCUCACAACGAUGCUGAGCUGCACCACACUUGUCCUGGUAGCUGCUCGGUGUUGCUUGUGUCGCGUGCAUGAAAGCCCACUGUUCCUGGCUGAGAAUGGGCGUCUUGAUGACGCGCAUCGCGUCUUAGAUGCUAUUGAAUUGUACAACAAAGGACGCUACGAUAUUUUUGAUCCUGUUCCUGAUGGUCAAGAUGACAAUUGCAUGGAAUAUGAGGUCCCUGCUAGUCGUGAUGGCGGCAUAGAUCAAGAUCUACAACACCAAGAUAACGUUGAUCCUAGCAUUGAGGCGGACGAAGGUCCUCUUUCAACGGGUAUCGAGUCUGGAAGAAUAUCUGCCUUCGCCUCUGCUUUUUUCUUAUCGUCAGAAUGGGGAGGCCGGUGUGGUCUGCUCUUUGCCUUGCCUCAACGGCGCACAACAUUAACUAUAUGGUGCUUGUGGGGGCUAUUAUCGUUUGCCUUUACGAUCUUCAAUGCAUUUUUUCCUCUGUAUCUUCAGCGCAAAGGGUCCUUUCAGGCGUCCACAUCGUUUGUACAAACUUUGCGCAGUCUCGUAUGGUAUGCAUUAAGCAGUGUACCAGGCAGUGUCAUUGGCGCCGCUCUUGUGAAAACGGCGUGGGGUCAUUUGUAUGCAUUACCCUUGACGUUGGGACUCACGGCCGCUGCGCUGGGCUUCUUUGCUCUUGCUCAGGCUUCUUUUACAGUCCUAGCGCAUUGGGGCGCUUCACCGGUAUGCUGGCGCCGCUCGUCGCCGGGCCUUUACUGGCCUGGCAUCCGAUUGUGCCCGUAUGCUUAA